AAACAAACGUGUCCGACAGCAUAUUUAUAUGAGGGUUUAUCCUUUAAGCAUGUCGAAUAAAACUAGAGAAACUGGCUGCAAAAAAACCGUCUUAUUCGCAAUGGGCGUUAAACUGCUGGGUUACAUUCCCAACGGCAACUAAGGAAUGAGCUCGAAAUUAUCGAAACAUUUCAUAUAUCAGUUUAAAACGGUACACAGUCCCUCUGUCGCUACACUUCAGCACAUGAAAGAUGUUUUGUGAAUUUAUGUUUGUUGAAAGGACCAGGAAGUAAAACAAUACGCAAUACGGAGAAACCGGUUUCGAUGAAAGUCUGCCGUAUCAUAAACUUCUGCUAGUUACUUCGGUGACCAAAACGCCUGAAGUCUGGGAUUAAUAACUAAUACCCUGGCAUAUAAAAGUACGCCGCCACAUAACCAAGUCAAUGUUGAAGUUUAUAUCUGAACUUAUGUUUCAUAGUAGAACAGUGCGGGAGAAACCUCUGCGGCUGUUCGCUAACCAAACGGCUCUCCGGAUGCAUGUUGACUCGGUGUCAGCGCCGCUUCGCAACCUGAGCUUUAUAUAUGUAUUGUUUCGGGGGGAGUGAUUGCCCUCCGUAACAUUUGUCCACUUUUUUAUUGUUGUGAAUUUUGGGUGAUCAAAAGGAGCCCUCGAUAAGAUUUGCCCCGGGGGGUCCCCACUAGCUCCCUAAGGUCACAUACUUGACAAUUGCCUCGCCAUACCCUGGAUGAGCCUCUAGGGGAUGCUUUCCGGAUGUGACGAGUCACCCACCCUCGAAUGUUAAUGUGUAGGUCAUUCCGCUACUGCGUCAGCCACUGUCUCUAUGCAGCGAUGACGAAGCUGGAGGAGCUGAACCGUGACGUCGGCACCAGUUCUUCGGUGCGGUGUCUUGGCUAUCUGUCCAGCCUUAGCCUCUUGGUGGCAAUAUGCCUAGGCCUUUACGUGCGCUGGGAGAAGACGGCGGAAGUCACGAUCCUGGUCAUCUUCAUCCUGGGCCUGUUCGUCCUGGGCAUCGCCAGCAUCCUCUACUACUACUUCAGCAUGGAGACGGCCAGCAUGAGCCUGUUCCACCUCUGGUUCGGCUUUCUGCUGGGCCUGCUCUGCUUCUUGAGCAGCCCGUCCCUAGCGACUGAUGUAAAGGAGCAGGUGACAAACUACCUGCUACUAAGCAGCCUGCUGCUGAGGACGCUGUGGGCACUGGUGGAGCGGGUAUGCGGCUGCACGCGCUUCCGGCCUGCCCUGCUCACGUCUGCCGAGUUCCUGGAGCUGGUGGGCUUCGCCGUGGCCAGCACCACACUGCUGCUUAACAAGUCGGCCAGCAUCAUCCUCCUGGCGGUGGCGCUAGCCGUGCUCAUCGUCAGCCUGCGGAUGAAGUCCUUCUUCGCCAUCCCCAACCUGGCAUGCUUCGUGUGGGUUGCCGCCGUGCUCUUCACCUCGCUGGAGCUCUCUCCGAACCUCUACGGCCUGAUCUGCUACCUGGGCCAGCUGGUGUGCCAGCCCCUUCUGGACUUGUACUUCAGCGGCCUGUCGGUCACCGAACGCUGGCUGCCGCUGCUGACCUGCGGCCGGUUGUGGCGCCGCCUCUCAGUCUUACCGCUGACGCUGUUGGAGCUGGUGUUCCUCACUCUGGCCGGGUUCAAGCUAGGCAGCCUGGGCCAAUGGUACCUGGUGAUCCCGGGCUUUUUCAUCUCUGGUGCCUUCUGGCUCGUCUGUCAUGUGGUCUUUGUGAUCAGCCUCUGGGGGUUCCACACCAAGCUCAACGACUGCCAGAGGGUCUUUUUUUCUCAGCGCUCCGACACACGAAGCCUGGACAGGGUAAUGGCAUCUAGGGGAAUGCGCCACUUCUGCCUGAUCUCCCAGCGCCUUGUGUUCUUCAGCAUGAUCUCCACAAUUAUCCUGGCUGCGGUCAGCUGGCAGUCCACCAAUGGAAUCUUCAUGAGUGUGUUCCUCAUCGUUCUCCCCCUGGAGACCCUGGCCCACAGCCUUUUCCACGAGUUCGGAAACUGCCUGGGGGGCACGUGUGUGGGCUACGCUGUUGUCAUCCCCACCAAUUACUGCAGCCUCGACGGACAGCCGACGCUGCUGCCCCCGGACCUGGUCCAGGAGCUGAACCUGCGCUCCACGGGCAUGCUGAACAACAUCCAGCGCUUCUUCUCGCACCACAUGAUCGAGACGUAUGGCUGCGACUACUCGGCGGGUGGCAUGGUAGCCGACGCGCUACAGACCAAGCUGCGCGGCUUCAUGGAACAGCGCACAGCCGAUGGCCCGCGCCACGACACCUACGUCAUCUACUACAGUGGCCACUCGCUGCGCUCCGGCGAAUGGGCCCUGGCCGGUGGCGACACACUCCGUCUGGAACAGCUGCUGGAGUGGUGGAAGGAGAAGAAUGCAGGCUUCUGCUCGCGCCUCAUCGUGGUCUUGGAUGACGAGAACGCCGGGCCGUGGGUGCGGGAGGUGCGGAAGGUGGACGAGCUGUACGUGGCAGUGCAGGGGGCGGAGCUCACGAGGCUGAGGGACGUGGAGGAGGCGGAGCUGCCGCAGCUCGGUGACUUCACCGCCCGAUGGGUGGAGUAUAACUGCAAUCCCGAGAGCGACAUCUGCUGGUCGGAGGGCAGCGACGGCGUGUUGGCCAUCUAUGGUGUGUCCAUGCGGUGGGGCGACUACACCCUGCACCUGCCCACGGGCAGCGACGUCACCAAGCAUUGGAAGACCUACUUCCCCCGUGCCACCUUCCCGCUGGUCCACCUGGCCAACUGGUGUGGAGGCCUGAACCUCUUCUGGGUCUGCAACGUCUGCCUGCGCUGCUUCCGCAGGCUCAAGCUGUCCUGGUUCCCCCCGUCCGUGCUGGACACAGGCCAGGGCUUCAAGCUUGUCAAGUCAUAGUGGAGCCCCCCAGAGCCUUUCAGUCAAAUUACACUUUGUUACCCACUCGCUCAUUUUUAGGAUGAGACAGUUCCUCAGUCAGGGCAUGCUGCCUGAAGGUCAUCGGACAUUUGCAUUGCUGUUUGGUGCAUACAUCGGUGGUGCUGAGGAGGAGGAGCCCCAAGCUGCCAGUCAUCUGUGACGGUAGCAGCUGAUUCGCUGUGACACAGCUGGGGGAGGGGCUAAGGAGUAUCAUGCCCCUCACACACAUGUCCACCUCUACAGCGAGCGAGUCUGCCUCUCAGGGCCCGCAUUCUCACUAUGUAAUUUGUCCCACCCUUUUAAUUACAUUUUGUUUGAUCACUUGUCAGGGGGAUAGGGCUGAAAGGCUACCCCCCCCCACUCUAGAUGACUAAUCUGAAGGUGGCUAUAUAUAUAUAUAUGUGUGUGUGUGUGUGUGUGUAUGUAUACACACUGUAUAUACAGUCAACACAUACAGCUGAUGUAUAUAUAUAUUAUAAUUUAUUGGAACUGAACUUCUGAAUUCAUUCCAGUUAUGGUUUUUACUGGUGUUCACCAAAUGAAGCUUCAUGAACCAGUUUCUGUAUUUUUUGACCCCACUAGAUGGUGCCCUUUUUUGAAUAGAGAGCACCUACCAUCUAGUGGGGCCAGAAAAUACAGCAAGUGGUUCAUGAAGCGUCGUUUGGCCAACACUAGUUUUUGCCCCAAGGUUUUUCGAGGUAGAUUAUGGCUCAGUCUGCUUAAUGGAAAAGCUGAGAAAGUCAACAGGCUCCCCAUCGCCGUGUCGCUCUUUUGCCUGGCCCCAUCUUCGGUGGAAGCUGACGGAUGCUGGCAUCUUCCCUCUGUGUCUCGGUGUCAAGUACAGCUGGUCCCAGAACCUGUCCUUUAACCUCACACUGACUAAACCCCUGAGUCAGACUCGCAUUUUCCGGUUAUAAAAAGCUGACAAGGGCUUCACGGAGAACUGAUGUUGCGUGCGGACACUUUUGACCCCAUGAUACCAUCUGCGUGAAGGCAAGAUGACUGGUCUUCCCUGAGGAACGAAUGCUAAGCAACAGGGCAUGUCUCCAUCUCGCCCCGGCCUUGGUCUUAUUCUCAUCUUAUUCAUCCAAUUAGAUUUAAUUCUUUGUGUUAAGCAAACUUCACAGUGGUUUGCUGCUCCUCCUCCACCAAUGACAGGUCACUAUGAGUAAGCACUGGGGAAGACAAGGGCUCUUACAUGCAUGAAACAGUCUGAAUAUGCAGAUCAGCCAAAGUGUAUUCCUAUAUAUGCAAAUACGUGUAACUGCAAGCACUGUCCGCCCGGUUUGUGUUUGUUAUGUUUUGGUUUCUUUGACAAUGCCUUAACUUCUGUUUUUCUUUUUUUCUUUUGUUUUUUUUUUUUUUGAAAGGAAAAAAUAUAGCCAAUAUGCAAAGUGUCCAUCUUGGUGGUUUGUGGCCCAGCCACUCGGCUGACAGCUCUGCCAGGGCCUCCUCUCAUUCACACCCCCUUGUCAUUCACACUCCGCAGAGUCUGCUGCUGUUGCUGCACAUUAUGUGUGGAAAAUGCCCUGUUAUCUCUGGCUGAGGCUGAUCCCCCCCCCUCUGACACCUGCCUGGCCACCCACCCCCUCUGAUGCAGAAACCUUCCUGAAGUGCAUUGCGACACAGUAAUGAGAUCGCCCAACCCACCCACCCGACAUAUUAACCCCAAGAGUUUUACCAGUGUAAGGAUUUUUUUUCAUUUUAUUUGUCCAUCGUCCCUUUUCCAAUGCUGCUUUCUUGGGCAACAGACUAGGACAUUAAAUCCCCAACAUUAAAUCUUCUCCCUUAUGUGGGUUCGACACUCAUGCGGGGUUUAUUGGGGCUGGAAGUGAAGUUGCAGGGUUAGGUGUCCAUAGGCUUUUUUACCCAUCAGUCGUCAUUAAACACAAGGAUUAUCCGGAAUCUGGUACCAAACCCAAAACUGCUUGCAUCGGCACAUUUCAGCCCAGAGGAAGUUGCCUCAGCAUGACUGUACGUCUGUGGGUGCUGCUAUGCACAGAGGUUUACUGUAAUGUGGGUAUCAGGUUUCGGGGUAUUCAUUUGCCGACCUGUGAGCACUUUGAAGUCAGUAUGUGGUAAAGAAGGAGGGGCUCGAUCCUCCCGGUUUAAGGCCUUUUUAUUUACCAGUCGGCAUCAGAUUUCUCUCACUCCUCUGGGAACUCUGUGAUUCAGCGCUCAUUCCAGUUUCCUGACUAUAGAUAGUGAAAGAUCUUUUUCAGCUGAUGAAAAUAAAGCAAGACCGAUGGUUUUUAGAAUUCGGAAAGAUUUGCGUAUGAUUUUGCCGCAGUACGUGGACCUCUGCUGCAAGUCAGUUUUUUUUCCCCCUUCCCAUCUUGGCCAGACUGAAUCCUGGCCAUAGCAGUGAAGAUUAUAAAGCGUAUUAGGUUACUGGCCAGAUUCCUUGUCCUAAACUGGAUUAGGUAAUAAAACUGUCUCACAAACGCUCGGCAGAACGCUGAGUCAGACCAUUCCCCGGCUCAGGCGGGAGGGCUAGAGAGACAGCUACUUCUCGCAGCCUGUUCUCACCUGCCUGCCUUUCUUUUCAUCACCGAUCAGCUCCGUGUACCGAAGUUAAGCAUGGAGAUGAUGGACGAAGGAAUAAUGAGGGAAUUACAUUAGGGGACCAAGGAGGAGCAAUUCUAGGAUUUUAGGCCUCCAGUAGGGUUGAUACUUUCAAUCUAAGGAAAACCUGCGAUCCUCCCCUAGCGAGUUCUUAACUGUGAAAUUUACAUGUUGGUGGGAGAUUUAGAAAAAGAAAUUCUGGGGGCUGGAAGGGUCCAAGACGUGCCGAAGGGCACAUGAAGAUGACUGACCAUUGCGUUAACAUGUAAGCAGAGGGUAAGCAGAUGAGAAGAUAAUGUGUGAGGGUGAUAUUGUGGUGUGAGGUGGAAAUGCAUUAGCGAAUGUUUGGGGAUAGGAUGGUUGACCCGCAUGCAAAGAAAGCAACGUGGUAGACAUACACGUGUCUAAGUCACAGGGUGUGUGUCAGAGAUAACUGUGAUGUUUUCCACUGCAAAAAGGUCACUGCUUGCUCGUGUGUGGCGUUAAGCGUCCAGCUGGUUCUGCGUGUUCCAGAGAAGCUGUGAGCUGCUGGAAUGGGACCGCCUCCAGUGUCACGGAGAGUUGGCACGCGGACAGCCUUUUGUAAGCAUUUUGAGAUCCAAAGACACUGUUUGAAGGGGAAAUGAAUGUUCCUGUCAGCAGUGAAUCUAGUCCUGCUAUAGUAUGUGUGUCCCCCCGCACCUCCGCCUAUGUGUGGUUUAUUGCCACCAAAUGGCAAACGAAGCUUCAUUUUAAGUGCCGACUUUACCAGCACGAAAGGUUUCCAGCUGGUGCUCUCGAGUUUGACCGGAAAGACUCCUUCUGUUAAAAAUUUCUAAAAUACUCGGACCCAGGCAGGUGUUUGAGGAUGAAGCCGGCGGUAAGCGGAUUAUGGAGAACGUCUCCCAUCGAUGUGCCGCACACCGAUGGUGACACGUUUCCUGCUGAAGAUGGCCGCAUCCCACAGCGUGCCUCCCCUGGUCAACAAGUGUCCUCCUGACACAACGAUGCCUCUCAGGAAGCUGCCGGAUCCAGAUUAGCCAGAGACGGAGGCAGAGGGGGACGUGGUGGAGAACAUCUUGUCUUCCCCCCCACUGGCAUGUUCCAGUCUUCUCUCAUUCUGUGCAUUAGGUUGGACUGGCAGCCCGGAUGAGAGUGUUAUUUUUAUCUGAGCUGAGGCAAAGAUUAAACCGCUCUUUUAGAAAGAAAAAAGAAACACAGACACAUUAAACAUACUUUAUGCUCCGCAAGUUCCAUUAACGUCAAGUGUGCAGGGCCACGGGAGAAUCCUCUUCCAAGGGUAUGUGGACCAGGCGGCCAUAACAAAUACAGGCAAUGCAGCAGGAAAAAAAUGCUGUUUGGUAGAUUAUCUCGAAUGGCUUUGGUGGUGCUGGCUUAAAGAAAAGAACUUUACGUGGAUCUAAUGAUUUGACGCAAAAAACGAGAAGUCUGCCUUACAUCGCACAGUAUGAUCCUAAAUAUCUACAUCAGCAGAGCCCCGCAAUGGCUGAGUUGUAUUAUCUUUUAUAAUGGCCCACAGACCAAAGUCACAAUUCAGAAUAUAAAUGGGAACUAGAGGCAGCCUCCUUUAUUUUGAAGAUUUCCCCUACCUCAGUAUACAAUGCCCUCUCCGGAUUUAGCAGCUUGGGUUAAAUCCUGUUUUAUAUACUGUGAUGUAACCCACUCUUUCUUAAUCUGCAGAACGUAAUCAUGUGGACUCCAACGCUUCAUCCAUAUUUACUUGUGUUAAUCCAGUCUAGCACAGGCCUGCUAUCAGUCAGACUGAAGUGGGAAUGUAAGUCCGCUAUGACAGAUCUGUCUGGUUCUCUAGGGCGUUGGAUGUUUCACUCGUGUCAUCAUUCGGCUAUAAAUCUCACUGCCCGGUGUUUUGGCUGCAGAGCGGUCAUACAUUGAUAGAAGAGAAUAUGAUACGAACGAGCGUUUAGGAGCUGUUUCGAGUGCCGAAUCUAAGAUAGGAGAUGACGGAAAGCGGGAUGAUGUGGUUGACAGCAUAUUUUUCUUAUAAUGUCUAGUAUGAACCCACGUCAUAGUGAGGUCCUGUAACGACUGAACAGAUCGGGAAGUGCACAUUGUCAAACGUGAAGGAUGUUACUGCGUGGAGCAUUGAACUGCAAAGAAAUGUAACCAUCCCAUAAUGAAAUUUCAAGGCAAAAACACUGCUGUCAUGGCAGUUUUUCAAGAUACGUGAUUUUUUUUCCUCAUUGAAAAUAUCCUCCCCACUAUUUUAAACACCUUUUGUUCUCUGUGUGAGAGUUUGAGUGGUUAAUGCCUUUAAGACCUUUCUACCCCGUAACAUUUUGGAUAUUCUGUGUUACUUUUUUUCCACAGUAUGGUAUGACGCAUGGACAUUGGAUACAGUUGUACCUUCUUUUCAUUAAAGCUUAAAUAAUGAGCAGCACCAAAAUGUGAUCACUUAAUUAGGAUGAUUUUAGACUAAUCUGUAAUUUAAUCAGAUUUAUUCAGUGCUCGCUAUGUAAUGUUUUUUAAUAAGGGAUUGUUUCUGCUUGCCAGUAUUAGCUGGAGUCCCACUUUUCCCCUGACCUGUGUCCUCCAUGUCACUCUACCCGUGUGGUUACCGCGGCACCCCUGUUGCUAAGCAGCCAUCCUAUCUUUCAACCAUGUUAAUGGUCUUUCUUACUUUAUAUACUGUGCGUUUAUAUACUCCGCCUGGGUCACAUGUGUGCGGAGUUUGCAUGUUCUCCCUGUGUCGUCGUGGGGUUUCCUCCGGGUACUCCGGUUUCCCCCCACAGUCCAAAGACAUGCCGAGGCUAAUUGGAGUUACUAAAUUGCCCGUGUGAGUGAAUGGUGUGUGAGUGUGCCCUGUGAUGGGCUGGCCCCCUGUCCUGGGUUGUUCCCUGCCUCAUGCCCAUAGCUUCCAGGAUAGGCUCUGGACCCCCCGUGACCCAAAAGGAUAAGCAGUUUGGAAGAUGGAUGGAUGGAUGGAAGCAUGCAUUCACCUUUUAAAGCGAUACACGUGGCAAUUGAUUGUUGUAACGUUUACAUAUUUUAUGUGCCUUUGCACUUAUAUGACAAGAAAUUACUGUGUAUUCUAUACCACAAAUGAAGUACAAAUUACCAUAUCAGUCUAACAAGGUUAAAAUGCACGAUUGUUUCUUGCCAUAAAAUACAUACACAUUUGUGCUGUUACAACAAUUGCUUGCCGCACGUAUCACUUUUAGAGGUGACUUGUGUACCAGUUAUGCGCAUCCCUGUGCAUAGAGCUGGACUGUGUAUGUACUUUGCUGAUCCUGUGUUCUGCGUGUGGCUAAUGCUAAUUGCUCAGUAAAGGGUCACGAGGAGCCCAAAGGGAAACACCUCUUUGCUGGUGAUUACUGGGUCCUCCCUCUUACAUCGCUAUUAAUGGCAAUGCUCAGCAGGACAAGUGUUGACACAGCAUGCAGAAGCAGUACAGUUAGAUAAUGGAAAUGUGCCCGGUGAGGGGGAUGUGUACCUUUCUAUACUUUCAGGACAGUGGUGGAGGGGUCACAUCUAAACAAACUGCGGCACGGGUGAGGACUUCCCAACUUCAGAGGACAGUCCGGCUGAGGGCCGCAUGAGUUUGCCGCGUGCUGGGGGUGUGAAUCGAGCGACGUGGCUUACAAACCUGGGGCUUUUUCCUGAGUCACAUUUCCAGCUGAGGAUCGCCAUCUGGCGAUUUGGCCCAGACCGCAGCAGUCAUGUGCGGCAAAUUUACGCUUGACACUCAGACAGACAAAAACACUCAUGUAACGCUACCCCCAUGUAGAAAAGCGAUGGAGUAUAUGUGUAUUUUCCCUCAUUAUGGAUGAAUGGGUUGCAGUAGAUCAGUGCAUGGUUGGGAAGUGAAUGCAUUCGCCUCGACUGGAGUCCCAGCUGACUCGAAAAAGCCUCGUUCAGAUGUUCCCACUCCAGAAGCUCUCAGACACACCGCAAUACUCCUCGACGGAGCAGACGGAGCAGCUUGGGGGCUCUCCAAGCGGCCCCCACAUCCCCCAGCAGGCUCGCGGUGCCGUGACUCACGGCUGGUUCCCACAACAGCAGCUCUCUUGAUUGUAGGUUAGGGUUUAAGUUGAAUUGAGGUCAAACGUAAGCUGUUUCUUCACAUUUCCGUACUCUGGACUGUGAGCCUCACUACUAGGUUCUGUCUGCUCGUCCCACCGGUCGGGUAACGGGGAAAUGCUGGAACGACUGACACGUCAUUCGAUCUUCCUCGCAAACCCUGGUGGUCGUUAGCCGACUGAUGCGGUGAUGGCUUGAGUCAUUUUUUGAGUCUUGGCAGAUUGGUUUUCGUGCAAGUUGCUCUUAACUUACGCAAAACUGACUUAAAUCCGGACUUACGUACAAAAAUAUCUGAGUGUACGAAAGUGAUAACACAAAACGUUGUCGUGUGAUGCAUAACCUAUUGCCACCUCAUCAUCACCAUCAUCAUCAUCACCACCAGCUAUUAAUUAAUGCCAUGGCAUUAAACAACAAGAAGAGUAGCCCCCCCAUGUCCCAGAAUGAUACUAGGAUUAAGGGAAGUACAGUAAAGCAUACCGUACAGAAUCUUUAAAAGUAGAGCCUGGCGGAGAUUCCAGGCCUAGAGGUGUGAGGCGACAGCACUAACCCCUGCCAUUCUUUAGUAUGUAUUACUGGUAUAUUUUUUGGCUUAUGUGGUAUUUUGCUAUAAGGUGUCUUGAAUAGUAGGGUGGAUAAAUCUGGCUUGUGUAAAAUGUAAUGCAGUUUGUGGACGGUAGGUAGGUGGAGACCUACCUGUAUUUCUGUCCACUGUAUUGACUGACCCAAUGGAUUAUGGGAUCCAUGUCUGUCAGGCCACUUGUGUUUAGUGAUGUGCUCACCACGGCUGGGACGGUCUUCCUUUCUUCUCUGAUUUUCAGUUCGGGGAUUUAAAUUGAAAGCUGCUUCUAGCACUGACACUCAUGCCAAAUAUGUCAGAUGUAAUCUGUUCAGUUAUUCAAGAUUAUUCCAGUUGUGGAGUGUUUUUUGGUGUCAGUAUUUUCGCCUUAAUUUGAAACAUCCAUUUGUAGAAAUUGUUUUUAGAUGCAGAGAAGACAAGGAAAGUAACCCAGGAAAUUCACAGGGACAUUUUGGACAGACAAUGAAAGGAAAGCUAUUUUAAUGAUGAAAAUCAGGGUCUGUCACAAACGUAAGGCUGGUUAUGAACGAGGGCCACUAACGGAGACGGUGACUAUGGGAUUCUUUUGCGGAAGCAGGUGAUGAAAUGUAUUUCAUGGCUUAGUUUUAUUUUCAUUAUUUUUUAUGUUUUAAACCAGGGACAUUUGAAAUGAGUGGAUUUCUGCCCCUAAUGUGUCAGCGCUGGUCUCAGAAAGCGUAUCUCCCACUGGCGAUUUGUGGUCGGCCUUAUGAUUUGUGGGUCUGAACGGAAUGUGAUUCGGCUCAGUGCCUGUUUAUAAGUGGGACAGCAUCUCUAACUUAAGACAAGAAUCUUCCUUUUCCUGAAAAAAAGGCUUUCUCACACUAGAGGUUUGACCGUAAAAAACAUCGGUUGCUAGCGCUAUUGUUGUGACCCAAAAAAAGUCGACUCUCCGUACCAGCAGUCCGGCCCUAUAAAUUUCUGCUUCCCACACUGGUGGCUCAUCCCCACAAACGGCAGGUUUAUUUUCCGUGGCGGGGCAGCCCACCUCCUGGGGAAUGCCGACGUCCUUGGUCUUCAGAAGGAGGUCUGUUGACCGUUGCUAACGAUCGAACAGAUUCAUUUCAAUGAGGCGCACUGGGAUUUCUGCGAACAGGAAUGUUCAUCUAAAAUAACAAGUAGUGGAAAAAUGCUACCGAACGCGUUAAUCCACAUAAACCGCCGUGCCCUGGAUUGUUCUACAGCCUCAAGUGGAGCACAUUCACGCUGUGAGAAAAUGCGCCUGCAAACACGCUUAGCUGUGGGCGAGUGACUCUUAUAGAUAAAGUCAAACAGAUACAGAUGACUCACCAUGUGAGUCACAUGACCCUGGCCUCUCUCUGCUCAUUGGUCGCCUCCACAAGCUUAGCAGAAUACCAGUCGUUCCUCUUCAUCGCCGCCCUGGUGACUCUAUUCACCAUUCACUCAUCAUCAUCUCGGGGUCAAGUGCACACACACACACUCUUGAAGGGACCAGUGAGAGGUCAGCAGUGGCAUUCUGGGAAAAGGAGGGAGGCUGAUUGUCUAUCCACAGCCCCAGGAGACUAAAUUGCAGUUUCAUCUGAAAUUCUUGUAGCCACACAUAUUUAUAUUUAGGCAAACAAAGCAGUGGGCGCCCCUGAGACACUCGGUGCAUUUCUGCUGUCAAUGACCAAAAAACCAAAGAUCACUGGGGAGCAGAUCUGGGGUCAGAUGUCACCUCUAUCUCUCCAGAACUGCCGCACUUCAGUUCUGUAGUGAUUCACAAGGUCACAUCCUCAUAUCUGUGGUGAUUCUAAUCAAGACAUAAAACCACAAACAGAGACAGCGGAACCGGGGGGGGGGCAUCAAUAAGCAGUGAUGAACGAUAUCACAGGAAAAUGCAAACCAAUAAAAACUUUAUUAAUAAAAGCCUGAA